AUGAAUGCACUCAACUCAGCACCGUAUGAGCCCGAUUUCACCACUGCCGGCAACAGAGCCGUGGAGCUCGGCAGACCCCGGUUUCCAGCCCCAACGUUAGGCUCUGCCGUGGCUGGUGUCGCGACUAGUCCCUACAAUCGCAUCGCACGCAGUCCAAUUGGAGCGGUUGGGCCUGCGAUGUGCGGGUGUUGGCAUCACCUCGCCAAGAUGACGCCUCCCAAGCUGAUGCUUCGCACCCGCCUCUGCACCACCGCCAGCGACGUUGCGGAAAAACUCCGCACCUGCUUCCCCUACACCCACGCACGGAUUCACCGACUCCCGUUACCACGGGUGCACCGUUCGCAUGCAAUGCAACCUGCAAUGGCAGCGGAAGAGGCAUUGGCGGCGCAAGAGGCAUUGGCGGCGCAAGAGGCAUUGGCGGCGCAAGAGGCAUUGGCGGCGCAAGAGGCAUUGGCGGCGCAAGAGGCAUUGGCGGCGCAAGAGGCAUUGGCGGCGCAAGAGGCAUUGGCGGCGCAAGAGGCAUUGGCGGCGCAAGAGGCAUUGGCGGCGCAAGAGGCAUUGGCGGCGCAAGAGGCAUUGGCGGCGCAAGAGGCAUUGGCGGCGCAAGAGGCAUUGGCGGCGCAAGAGGCAUUGGCGGCGCAAGAGGCAUUGGCGGCGCAAGAGGCAUUGGCGGCGCAAGAGGCAUUGGCGGCGCAAGAGGCAUUGGCGGCGCAAGAGGCAUUGGCGGCGCAAGAGGCAUUGGCGGCGCAAGAGGCAUUGGCGGCGCAAGAGGCAUUGGCGGCGCAAGAGGCAUUGGCGGCGCAAGAGGCAUUGGCGGCGCAAGAGGCAUUGGCGGCGCAAGAGGCAUUGGCGGCGCAAGAGGCAUUGGCGGCGCAAGAGGCAUUGGCGGCGCAAGAGGCAUUGGCGGCGCAAGAGGCAUUGGCGGCGCAAGAGGCAUUGGCGGCGCAAGAGGCAUUGGCGGCGCAAGAGGCAUUGGCGGCGCAAGAGGCAUUGGCGGCGCAAGAGGCAUUGGCGGCGCAAGAGGCAUUGGCGGCGCAAGAGGCAUUGGCGGCGCAAGAGGCAUUGGCGGCAGCCGUGGUGGUGGUGGGAGGCUUGGGGGGAGGGCGGUAG